AUGCUGUACGUGGUGGGCGUGGGGCUGUGGGACGAGAGUGACAUCACCGUCAGGGGCCUGGCAGCCGUGCGGCGCUGCCAGCACGUCUUCCUUGAAGCCUACACCUCCAUGCUGCUCGUCGACAAGGCCAAGCUGGAGGCGCUGUACGGGAGGGAGGUGAGGGUGGCGGACAGGGAGAUGGUGGAGAGCCGUGCGGGCGACCUGCUGCACCUGGCCGCCAAAGAGGACGUCGCCUUCCUCGUUGUCGGCGACCCCUUCGGUGCCACGACGCACACGGAUCUGAUGCUGAGGGCGAGGCAGCAGGGCGUGGCGGUGAGUGUGGUGCACAACGCCUCUGUGCUCAACGCUGUUGGCGCCACCGGCCUGCAGCUCUACAGGUUCGGCGAGACGGUGUCCAUCCCGUUCUUCACGGACACGUGGCAGCCCGACAGCUUCUACGACCGCAUCCUCGGGAAUGCCGCCAGGGACCUCCACACACUCUGCCUGCUCGACAUCAAGGUGAAGGAGCCAUCGCUGGAGGCCAUGGCCAGGGGCAGGAUAGAGUACGAGGCGCCGCGCUACAUGAGUGUGAACACGGCCAUCUGCCAGCUGCUGCUCGUGGAGGAGAAGCGCCACCAGCAAGUCUGCACACCAGACUCGCUGUGUGUGGGAGUGGCACGGCUGGGUGCGGACUCGCAGUGCAUUGUGUUUGGCAGCAUGCAGCAGCUCUCAGACGUUGACUUGGGCCCGCCUCUGCACUCGCUGGUGCUCUGCGGCGCGCUGCACGAGCUUGAGAGGGACUUCCUGGACGCCUUCAAAGUCACCGAUGCCACGCCCAGGAUCGUGGAGGGCUCAGAAGGAAGCGAAGAGGAGGAGAGCGAGAGGCCCAUCUUGGUCUACCGCAUCAGUGUGCUCAUUCUGCACUUAGAAUCCCUUCUCUCCUCAUGUUUCCUAACGUUUCUCGCCACGGUGCGUAGCAAGCAGGCUGCUGGGCUGGGCCUGCUGUGUACGUCGCUAACAGCGGGCGCAUCAAUUCGCUUGGUGACGAUAUCACCAUCUGCGUUCAAGGCAACACGGCGAAGAGCGGCGGACAUUGAGGAGGAAGAGCGGUGGAACCGUGAGUACGCCGGUGAGGAGGUCGAGGAGUGGCACGUGGGUGACAGCGAGCACGGGAACAUCGGCAAUGAGGGGAAGGCGGCGCCCGACGCCACCACUGAGAUGGAAGGUGAUGCUGAGGCGACUUACGCGGACGCCAAUGCUGAUGGGACCAAGCCCAGACCCACAGCCGCUAAGAAAGGGAAGGUACAGCUUGGUGGGGGUAGCAGCAAGGGGACCCGUGGCAAGGCGAACGUUAACAAGGGGGGUGGCAAGAAGGAUCCUUGCAAGGGGAAACGUGGCAAGGCGAUAACCAACGAGGGUUGCAGCAAGGGAGAUGGAGGCUAUGUCGAAGCCGGACCAUGCUCGGAUGAGGACUACGCUGAAGCAGCAGGCCCCUUACCUACCUACCCGGAGCAGUGA